GGGCUGCUCCCUCAGUAGCGGGGGCGAGCGGAGGCCGGGGUGCGGGCGGCUAAGAUGAGUGAAAGGAGAAGAUCUGCAGUCGCCCUGAGCUCGCGAGCACAUGCCUUCUCCGUUGAAGCCUUGAUCGGCUCAAAUAAAAAGCGGAAACUGCGAGACUGGGAGGAGAAGGGGUUGGACCUGUCCAUGGAGGCGCUGAGCCCCGCGGGCCCACUCGGAGACGCGGAGGACGCGGCCGCGCACGGCCUGGAGCCUCACCCGGAUUCCGAGCAGAGCACCGGUUCAGACUCUGAGGUGCUCACUGAGCGGACUUCCUGCUCCUUUGACACUCACACUGACCUGGGCCCUGGUGCUGCAGGCCCUGUGCCUGCCGCCAUGUCUUCCAUGGAAGAGAUUCAGGUGGAGCUGCAAUGUGCUGACCUAUGGAAGCGCUUCCAUGACAUUGGAACUGAGAUGAUCAUCACCAAAGCAGGCAGGAGGAUGUUUCCUGCCAUGAGAGUAAAAAUCACUGGCCUGGACCCACACCAGCAAUACUACAUAGCAAUGGACAUUGUGCCUGUGGACAAUAAAAGAUACAGAUAUGUGUACCACAGCUCCAAGUGGAUGGUGGCUGGCAAUGCGGACUCCCCUGUGCCCCCAAGAGUUUAUAUACACCCUGAUUCUCUAGCUUCUGGAGACACUUGGAUGAGACAGGUGGUCAGUUUCGACAAACUCAAGCUGACCAACAAUGAAUUGGAUGAUCAAGGACAUAUCAUUCUGCACUCUAUGCACAAAUACCAGCCUCGAGUUCACGUGAUCCGCAAGGAUUUCAGCAGUGACCUGUCGCCCACCAAACCUGUCCCUGUUGGGGAUGGAGUGAAAACAUUCAACUUUCCUGAGACCGUGUUCACCACAGUCACAGCCUACCAGAACCAGCAGAUCACCAGAUUAAAAAUCGAUCGAAACCCUUUUGCUAAAGGAUUCAGAGAUUCUGGAAGAAACAGGACCGGACUGGAAGCCAUCAUGGAGACUUACGCGUUCUGGAGACCCCCUGUGCGCACACUCACCUUUGAGGAUUUCACCACCAUGCAAAAGCAACAAGGGGGCAGCACAGGCACUUCCCCGACCACCUCCAGCACUGGGACACCAUCGCCUUCAGCUUCUUCUCACCUUUUGUCUCCAUCCUGUUCUCCUCCAACAUUUCACCUGGCCCCCAACACUUUCAACGUGGGCUGUCGAGAGAGCCAGCUGUGCAAUCUAAACCUCUCUGAUUAUCCACCAUGUGCCCGAAGCAACAUGGCUGCCUUGCAGAGCUACCCGGGGCUGAGUGACAGUGGCUACAACAGGCUCCAGAGUGGCACUGCUUCAGCCACUCAGCCCUCCGAAACCUUCAUGCCUCAGAGGACUCCAUCCCUGAUCUCAGGAAUACCGACUCCUCCCUCGUUGCCUAGCAACAGCAAGAUGGAAGCCUACGGUGGCCAGCUGGGGUCCUUCCCCACUUCCCAGUUCCAGUAUGUCAUGCAGGCCGGCAAUGCAGCCUCGAGCUCCUCCUCACCACACAUGUUCGGGGGCAGCCACAUGCAGCAGAGCUCCUAUAACGCCUUCUCUCUCCACAACCCUUACAAUCUGUACGGAUACAAUUUCCCCACUUCUCCGAGGCUAGCCGCAAGCCCGGAAAAACUGAGCGCCUCUCAAAGCACUUUACUCUGUUCUUCUCCUUCCAACGGGGCCUUUGGAGAGAGGCAGUACCUGCCCACGGGGAUGGAGCACAGCAUGCACAUGAUUAGCCCUUCGCCCAACAACCAGCAGGCGACUAACACCUGUGACGGCCGGCAGUACGGGGCGGUCCCAGGCUCCUCCUCCCAGAUGUCCGUGCACAUGGUUUAAUGGCCAGGCCGAACAGAAGGGAGCCGGGGCCCCAGAGUCUCCACGGGCAGAUCCUCCUCUUUGGGAGCCCAACGCCUUUGAAAAACGGGAACUGUGUAUUUUCUUUUCUUUUUUUUUUUUUUUUUUUUCUGGAGGAGGAAAGCACAUCCCGAAGAAGAACAAGAGACCUUUAAGCCACUGAAGGAUACUUAACCGUGUGGAAUCAUCUCCAACUCAGUGGCCAUUCUCCUGCCUUCCCAAACCUUAGUUUUAUAAAGCAUUGUCUACUCUAGAGUGGCCUUUGAAGAAACUGAAUUAUCAUUUUAUAAUAAUGUUAAGGGAGAUGCUAGCAUGUAGCAGCCAUAAAAAGUUACCCCCACACAAAUACAGACCUACCUAUACGUACACACAUACAUACAUGCGUGCAUGCAUGCACACACACACAUACAUAUUCGCACACAAACUUACCUACAGCGAUACACACACACACACACAGACUUGGAACUGGGAGAACUCUGUGGAGGGGGGCCCAGGUGGGUGCUUUCACCAAGAAUCGGUCUAUGUACAACGCUAGAUGGACUGGGUCAGCAGUAGCUGCCAACCUUUCUCCCCUGCAGCUUACCCUGUUUCUGGAAUGAACCGUGUAUCCUGGAACCCCCUCCUAUCCACAAGGGUGGACAGACACCACCACUACAACUGGACUUGGCUUCCUGAAAAAGAUGGCUUUUGAACUUUGGCUCUCCUCACUCUGUUCGAUCGCUGACGUUCCCAGUGGUACCUGUGAAAAGGGAGUAAGAGUAGCCGAAUAAGAAAAGAGGAGAAGGAGUAGUGGGCAAGAGAGAGGCGGAGAGCGAGACUGAGAGAGGAAGUGUGAGCAAUGGUGAGAGUGACAAUGCACCGAGGAGAUUGGUUUGGGGUCGUUUCUCCCCCUCCCCCCUACAGGUGAUAGAAUCAUGGCGUUACCGAGGAGUAAGUCUCUCUGGGACACUGUGCAGAGUCAGGGCACUGGAGAGAGGACCCGGGCAAGGAAUGCACUUGGAUCCCACAGCUCUGACCAGCAUGAUCUAGAAGAGGGGUGCGCUGCCUGGGAAGUGCCCAUUCCAGAGCGUGAAGCCUGGCGGGGGAGGGGGAACAGGAGUGUGAAGAAGGAAGGGUGUUAUAAUCCCGACAGAUGAUACCAAGAGCAGAGGCGACAAAUCGAGGCCUGGCCAUCUGCAUGCCAGAUCCAGACACCUGACCUGGAUUGUCUGCCCCGCAGCCCCCGGGGCAGGAGAAAUCCAGUCACGUUCCAGGGAAUUACAAACGGGCCUUUCUGCAUCCUUCCACAUGCCCUUAGGUCUCCAUUUUUAUCAAAUAGUUUAUUGCAUUUUGAAGUUUGGGUUUUUUUCCUUCAUCUUUCCCUUUCCCCUCAAAUCCUUUAAUGUUAAGAAAACAAAGUUUGGUGCAAGCUAGACUUUUUAAGUGGUGUGGAAAUGCAAAUAAUACCAAGUAAUACAGAUAUUAUUAAGAUUUUUGGUUUUGAGGUGUUGUAGAUAAAUGUAUUUAUGUGCCUAGUGGGGAAUCCAAUAUUAUGAAUAUUAAAAAAGGGGGCAAUAAAAAGGGUAUGUAAAAUAUGUAUGAAGUAAAGGUGUAUAAAAAAUUUGCCCUUAUGCACGGAACUGUUUCUAAGUGCCAAGCACAGAAAGCCGCUAAAUAAAAUCUUUGCAAUUGUU